AAGACGGAUCCUCUCUGCCUAUUUUAAACUGAGAGAGAGUAGAAAAUAUACCUCUUAUCUCCAUAGUUUAAGUUUUUAAAAAUAUUUUUAUACCCAUUGAGCAGUUUUCAAGUAGCAUUGAACCGGAGCGGAAACCUGAUUACAAAGCGUGUUUAGAAUAAUGAUUUUAAUUAAAAUAAUUAAUUACUUUUUUAUAAUAAUUGCAAUAACAUUUACUUUUACUUCAACGAUUAGUGCAAAUACAACAGAUGUUGCGAUUACAACAGAUAUUCCGAUUACGACAGAUAUUGCGAUAGAGACUGAAGCGCCAGAAACUAGUGAGAAUGAACCCGUACGUUCUUCUAUUUUCAUGAUAGCUGAAUGGGACGAUGAUGUCUUUCAUUGGGAACGUGUUAAGUUGUCACACAAGGACCGCUCGUGGCGUCUACCAAAUUCAACAUUUCCACUUUCCUAUCAUUUGCAUAUAUCAACUGAAAUACAUCGCCAGAUCUUUGAGUACCAGGGCAAUUGCACGAUUGAAGUAUUAGUUCAAAACGAUACAGACGAAAUUGUGCUGCAUACGCAAAAUUUAAAUAUUUUAAAUAUUUCCAUAACAAAUUUAGCAACAAAUGAGCUUUACGCAAAUACCACAUUUAUUGUUAUUCCUGAUUUACUGAUAAUUAGUCAGAAUUCAAGUUCAGCGACAUUUUUACGUCAUCAGCGUUUGAGCAUUGAGAUACUUUACACUGGCCUUAUCAGAAAUGGCAAUUCUGGCUUUCACAAAUUAACAUACACCGACGAGAACAACCAAACAAUUGUAGGUGCUUCCACACAACUGGAGCCGAUAUAUGCGCGGACUGUGCUACCUUGUUACGAUGAGCCAAGCUUUAAGAGCAACUUCAACAUACGUAUUACACACGGAAGUAAUUAUACGGCAAUUUCCAAUAUGCCACAACAAGACUUGAUUGUCGACAGUUUCAACAAUAUGACUACCACUGUGUUUAUGGAGACCCCACCAAUGACCACCUAUGUUUUAGCUUUUGUUAUUUCAAAUUAUGUGCAUAUCUCAAGCACAGAAGGAGGUGUAAAGCAAAAUAUUUACUUCCCACCAAACUCGAAAGCUGGUGGUUACAAGGGCUUACAAAAUGCGGCGAGAGCAUUGAAGAGGUUUGGUGAAUUUCUGGAUAUACCUUAUGUGCUACCAAAACUCGAUCACGCAUUGGUGAAAGAGUCAUAUGGCAAGGCUAUGGAAAACUGGGGCCUUAUUACAUAUAGCACAGAAGCAUUUAUGAAAGAUAAUGAAACCGAUAUAGCAAAGAGGUUUACUGCCGAUUAUACCCAAAAUCACGAAUUAGUGCAUCAAUGGUUCGGAAAUUUAGUUUCACCACAGUGGUGGGAUUCUAUUUGGUUAAAUGAGGGCUUCGCUUCAUACUACGCUUACGUUUUAACUGAUAUGAUAUCACCUGAAUAUGAAGCAAUGGAUGCUUUCGACAUUAAUAUUUGCAGAGAAGCAUUAUUUAUUUUAAUUGAUAAGCCGAUGUUAAAUUAUGUUGAGAAACCUUUGGAUAUUAAACAGGCUUUCAGUGGAGUGGUUUACUAUAAAGCGCCUUGCAUCAUACAAAUGUUUAAUUAUGCACUUAAACCAGAAAUUUUUACUAAAGGAAUAUCAGCAUAUUUAAAAAAAUUCUCAUAUGGCAUAGCAAACGAAGACAACCUAUAUGAUGAACUACAAAAUGUGCUCAUUGAUUAUUAUCAGGAACAAAAUAAUAUAUGGAAAUAUAGCAUACAUGAGAUCAUGAAAACUUGGACACAUAGUAAAAGUUAUCCUUUUGUAACUGUUACCAGAAAUUACACUGACAACACAAUAACUAUACGCCAAACAUCGAUUGUACCCAGCCAAAACGAGUACUGGUGGAUUCCAUUGAAUUUUGCAACUGCUUCUCAGCCUAACUUUGAAGAUGCUACAGCAGAUUUUUUCAUGCCACCCGUGCCGGAACUAACAAUUAAUUUAGAUGACCUUAAUAUAAAAUUGGAGGAAACUGAUUGGUUCUUGGUAAAUAAAUUAGGUAAAGGAUUUUAUAUAACUCAAUAUGAUGACGAAAAUAUGCGUAGACUGGCGCUCGCGCUCUCUGAGAAUCACGAAAUCAUACAUAGAAGAAAUCGAGCAUUACUUGUUAAAGAUAUUGAGCAGUGGAUUACUAGAGGAAAAAGUUUUGAUGCUAUCAUCAUAUUGCGACUUUUAAAAUACUUAGAGAAAGAAACGGAUCCAUUUGUGUGGUCAUCAUCAAUUGAUCUUAUGUAUCGUCUAUCGAAAGAAGGCCAGCAAUUAUUAGCACCGAUUUAUAAAACUAUUAAACAGCAAAAUAAAUUAACUAUGAAUUUGAGCCAAUAUUUCAUGUUAAAUGACCUUGAUGGAUUAGCCUGCUACUUGGAACUAAGAGAAUGUUUGUUGGAAUCUAAAAGAAAAAUACUGAAUGCCAUUAAUGGAACCAUUCCUGUAAACGAUAUAAAUGAAAAACUUUGUGAUGGUGCAAAAGUACUUGAAGAUGAUGAAUUUGAAUUGGUGCUAAGUUAUUACAUGGCAGAGAAUCACAGUUAUUAUAAUUGGAAAUACCUGACUUGCACAAAGAAUCCUACGCAAUUUGAAAGAUUGUUGCAGGAAGCCAGUUAUAUAAAAGCAAACGACAGUCAAUGUGAGAACAAAUUGCAAUUCCUCGGUUCAUUGGCUGGUAAUCGUUUUCGUAAUAGCUUCAAAAUGGAGUUGAGCUUUAACUUAUUAGAUAAACUAAUGCCAGAGUUGCUAAAGACAACUGUUUGUAGUCCAGUAGUUCUUUGUGAGACCUUAUUUUGUGAUGCAAGCACUGUGCCAUCUCAGUUUAAGACACAAUAUAUUAAUUUCUUGGAUCAAUGUCAAAGAGCAAAAGAAGCUGGAACCUUUGAUAGUGAAGAAAUCUUUUAUAUUAAUCCCGACGAUAUUGGUUCGACUGCUAAUGAAAAUAGUGAUAAAGGUGAUUUCAAAAGUGAGGAUAUUGCAAAAGCUUGGGAAGAGGACAACGAAAUUACAAUGUGUAGUGCGCGUCUAAAUUUUCAUACUAUCGGCAACACAGUCCUUAUUCUAAUUAUUUUUAUUGGAUUUUCUGCCGGGCUACGUCCAACCAACUUAUUGAAAACUACAGACAAUACAACUCGACAAACAUCAAGACGUUCACUGCGUCUGCCAAACAGCACAUUUCCAUUACAUUACGACUUACAUAUAAAUACAAGCAUACAUUUAGAGGAUUUUGUCUAUAUCGGAAAUGUGACCAUUGACAUUGAGAUUAGAGAGUCCACAAAUGAGAUUGUCAUGCAUGCAAAGAAUUUGAGUGAUUUCGAGAUUAUCGUCUAUGAGUUACCAAGUGGCGAUGUGGUUACAGAUCUAACACACUCGUACGAUCCAUUCAGCCACUUCUUGAUUAUACAUCCUAUUCAACGUUACGUUGCCUUCGAGGCGGGUCAACUGUACCGUGUGCAAAUCCUCUUCAAGGGGCUUUUACAUAGCACAACUUAUGGCUUCUAUUGGUUUUCCUAUAACGACCAAAACAAUCGAACUGUUUACCAAGCAGCAACACAAUGUGAACCGACCAGUGCACGUUUAGCCUUUCCAUGCUAUGACGAACCAGCAUUCAAGUCGAAUUUUACAAUACACCUCACACACAGCGAUAUCUACACGUCCAUCUCCAAUAUGCCGGUGCGGCAGUUGAUACGACAUGAUGAAAGUAAUUUGGUUACAACUAGUUUCUACACAACACCGCCGAUGUCCACUUAUCUGGUGGCAUUUGUCAUCUCCAAUUUCGAAUACAUAUCGGAAGAAUAUCGUAAUGUAACACAACGCAUUUUUACUUCACCCACAAUAGAGGAUAAAGGACACAAUGCACUGAAGAAUGCUGUGCGUGUGGUAGCCCAGUUGGAGGACUACUUUGGCAUUAAGUAUUCAUUGACAAAACUGGAUCACAUUGCAUUGAAUAAAAACUAUGGUGCUGCCAUGGAAAAUUGGGGUUUAAUUACUUAUAAAGAGGAUACGUUGGUACAUCAAAAUGAUGCUGAUGUACAUAAAAAACUAAAGGAUAUUCUAACACAGAACCAUGAAAUUGUACAUCAAUGGUUCGGUAAUUUAGUUUCGCCCGAAUGGUGGACGUACGCUUGGAUUAAUGAGGGCUUUGCUACGUACUUUGCAUACAUUUUGACAGAUUUGCUCUAUCCUGAAUAUAAAGUGAUGGAUUUUUUUUUAACCGACAUUGCUGAACGUGCGUAUGGUUUCAAUUUCAUAUCUGUUCGUCCCAUGACGUACUAUGUCGAAACUGAGUCAGAGAUAAUUUCAAUAUUUGACAUAAUCUCCUAUCAGCGAGCUGCGUGCGUCAUUAAAAUGUUUCAUCACGCAUUCGAUCAGAAGACCUUCUUACGUGGCAUCAAUAGAUUUCUGCGUAAAUAUCAGUACACGGUGGCGAAUGAGUUAAAACUUUUUGAGGCUCUACAAGCUGAGAUUGCAGAGGAUGAACAGUUCGGAGCACAAAGCUGGAGUAAAUCCAUUAGUGAAAUAAUGCUUUCUUGGACACAUAGUGAAUGGAUACCGAUUGUAACAGUGAAGCGUAAUUAUGAUGACAAUACCAUAACAAUUACCCAACGUUCAAACGAUUUACACUCACAGGAAUAUUGGUGGAUACCUAUAAAUUUUGCCAUUCCUAAGGCUUAUGACUUUGAACGUACCAGUGUGGAUUAUUUUAUGCCACCAACAGCUAAAGUAACUUUAAGCAUAGAAGAUUUGAACUUAGAUUUAGAGCGUUAUGACUGGUUGAUUGUGAAUAAGCAGCAGACCGGUUUCUAUCACGUUCACUAUGAUACCCGAAAUCUACUUAACAUAGCCAAGCAGCUGCAAGCCGAUCAUAAUGUUAUACAUCCAUUAAAUAGAGCUGCCAUAUUUCAGGAUCUAUGCCCACUAAUUGAAAACAAUGAACUCGAAUCAGUAGAUGUUAUCUUUGAAUUGCUCAAGUACUUGGAGCAUGAAGAGCAUCUCAUACCAUGGAAUUUCGUUGCAGAUACUGUGAUUUUCUUUGAUAAAAAUCUUUUUGGCACUGCCGCUCAUGCACGCUAUAAACAGUUUAUACGUCGUAUUAUAGCACCUAUUUUUAAGCAACUUUUUGGUACGCAUGUGAAAGCUAAUUUAACCAAUACCGACUUACAAACCAGACAGAAGGUGUUGGACAUGGCUUGCAUGGCAGACUUGAAGGAGUGUUUGGACUUUACGCAUGGUAUUGCGCACAAUUAUAUGUUUGGACACAUCAAGUUGAUGGCUGAUAUGGAUUACUAUGCCAUGCAUGACUCAAUUUUGUGUUUGGGUCUUAAAUAUUUAGAUGAUUCUGAGUUUAAUCAGAUUAUGGACUUGUUGGCUAAGACAGAUAAAAAGUCACUCUUCUACGACGAUUUGAUUUACUCACUUCGUUGCACUCAAAACAAAGCUCAUUUGCAGCAGUACCUAGAUUUGCUUAUUGGUGAACACAACUCAAAUAGUAUAAUGAAUGAUAGCGAUUCAAUGAUGUACUUCUUUUAUUUGUACAAAGUUAAUAUGGCAUCUAGAUCGGUGGUAUGGCGCUUCUUUGAACAGAACUAUAAAAAACUUUGCCAUUCACAGUACUUUGCUGAGAACUUCAAUCGCAUAGCAGAAUAUAUACCGCAAAGGCAUCGUGAUCAAUUCAUGCAAUUACGUCAAGAUAUUAUAGAUGAACUACAGACUAACAACAUUGGGGAAACAGACACUCUUAUAAAUACCGACUCGAAUCGCAUAGGAAAAAGAGUGAAACUAAGUGAAGUUUUCGUGGAAAAAUUUCAUCGUCAAAUACAUGAUUGGCUCAAACGAGAACAAAAUCCUUCAGUAUAUGCAGCCGCUUCCAUUUCUGGAGGUAGCCGGAAUCAUGCCCCACAAUUGAAAUUCUCUCUGCAUAUGGUAACAAAAAUAUUUAAAAGGAUUUUGCAACUCAAACUGUAGUAAUACAAAAACUCUCAACAAAAAGUGCAUUUAUACUUAAAAUUAGUUUAUUAAGUAAAUUUAUGUUAUAUAAUAAUAUUAUA